CCAAGUGAGUUGGAAAUGAAUAAACGGAUGACUACUGACUGAGGGCAAUAUCUCCCUGGGUGAGAGAGAGUUUCUAUCUCCAAGUGGACAUCGGGCUCUGCCCAGGGAUGGAGAUGGAGAGGUACCAAGGAGAAAGCUCCACGGGCCCCAACAUCACUAACUGCACAGGGACGCCCCCCAGCGCUCUGCAGGCCGCUGUCUUCUCAGACAGAAUGGUUGUUUUGGUCGUACUUCUGGGGCUCUUCACCCUACUCACUGCGCUAGUCAACAUUGCUGUUAUUAUCGCCAUCUGCACCACCAAGAAGCUCCACUUGCCUGCCAACUACCUCAUCUGCUCCCUGGCUGUCACUGACUUCCUGGUUGCUGUCCUGGUGAUGCCAAUCAGCAUCCUCUACAUCUCCACAGAGACGUGGUCAUUGGGCCAGAUGGUGUGUGAGGCAUGGCUUAGCGUGGAUAUGACCUGCUGCACAUGCUCAAUCCUGCACCUCUGUGUCAUAGCUCUGGACCGCUACUGGGCCAUUACUAAAGCCAUCGAAUACGCCCGCAAGAGGUCGGCACGCCGCUCGGCCGUCAUGGUAGCCGUCGUCUGGGUCAUCUCCAUCUCCAUCUCCAUCCCUCCCCUCUUCUGGAGGCACAGACCAGGCAGCCAAGGCCCCAAACAGUGCAUCAUCGAGCACGACCACAAGGGCUACACCAUCUACUCCACCUUUGGGGCCUUUUACAUUCCCAUGACUCUCAUACUCAUCCUCUACUAUAGGAUCUACAGCGCCGCCAAGACUCUGUACCAGAAACGAGGUUCCUCCCGUCACUUGAGUAACCGGAGCGUGGACAGCCAGAAUUCUCUCAACCAUUGCCGUGUCGCGCACACGCUCUGUGUGUCCGACCUGUCCACUUCAGACAACACUCUGGAGUUUGACAGGCUCAACGUCACUAUACGCAUCCCUUCCUUUGAGGCAGAUUUGGAGGGGAUGGAUGAGAGGAAUCAGAUAUGUACCUCCCGUGAGAGAAAGGCUGCACGCAUCCUUGGACUUAUCCUUGGGGCUUUUAUAAUUUGCUGGCUGCCUUUCUUUAUCAAGGAGCUUCUUGUGGGACUAAGACUAGUAAAUCCAUCUCCACAGGUCUCUGAUUUCCUAACCUGGCUGGGCUAUAUCAACUCGCUCAUCAACCCCCUCCUGUACACUAGCUUUAACGAUGAUUUCAAUUUGGCGUUUAAGAAGCUUUUCAGACGGAAGGAGCAUGUUUAG